UGAUAAACAUGACAAGCAGCUGUUCCUCUAGUAUUAUGUUACAGAACUCACGUGUGACAUUUUACUGCUUGAAGUGCUGAAGAAGAGACUAAUUUGUAUUCACUGAUAACACAAUGGAGCCUGAUAUAAAAAUAAAUCCUGGAGCGUCCAAAUGGGACAUUCGUCAGAAAGUUUGGGACUACAUCGAAGAAAAGAAUCUCGCCAACUUCCCAAGGCCUGUUCACCACAGGAUCCCAAAUUUCAAGGGUGCAAAUCAAGCGUGCACCAGGCUUGCAGACCUGCAGGAGUUCAAGUCCAGCCAGACAGUCAAAGUAAACCCAGACAGACCCCAGCAGCAGGCGCGCUUUGUCACUCUGGAAGCACAGAAAACUUUAUUGGUCCCAACUCCUCGUCUCCGUACUGGUCUUUUCAAUAAGAUUACUCCUCCCCAGGGGGCCAGCAAAGAACAGCUACAGAUAUGCUCUUCCUCUCAGGGUGUGAAAGACUUCAGUGUGCCUGUUGGCCUGGAUGCGAAGGUGAAGGUUGAUCUGGUGGUGGUUGGCUCAGUGGCGGUGUCAGAGAAAGGCUUUCGAAUUGGAAAAGGAGAGGGCUUCGCUGACAUGGAGUAUGGCAUGAUGGCUGCAAUGGGAGCUGUGAGCGAGUCAACUGUUGUGGUUACUGUUGUCCAUGACUGCCAGGUGGUGGAGAUUCCAGAGGAGCUAAUAGAAAGUCAUGACCUGACUGUGGACUACAUCCUCACUCCCACCAGAGUUAUUAAAACAAAUUGCCAGUUACCCAAGCCACAGGGAAUCAUCUGGACCAAGCUGGACACAGAAAAGCUGGAGAAGAUCCCCAUCCUGAAGAAGCUGCGUGCUCUGGAGGAACAGGUUGGAAAGGAUGUAACACUGGGGGCGGUGCCUGCUGAAGCAGAGCCUCGUCUGCACACCAGUCAACCCAAAAGGCAAACCAGACGGAGGCCAAGGCAGAACACGCAGCAGGAUGCUGAGGGAGUAUCCACACAGGACUCCAAACAAGAGAAAAGAGCAGAGGGAGAAGAGAGGGCCAGACUGCGCCCAGCUAGAGUGAGAAAAGAAAGCAGAGGAGAUGGCAGGAGGGAUGAACAGGGAGAAAUCUACGAGAAAGGAAAGGGAAAAAGUGGAGGCAACAUGAAGGAGAAGGGCUCAGAUGAAAGGGGAAGUGAAGUCAUGUCUCAACGUAGGCUUCCUCCAAGUGUGACCACGGUAUACCUGGGAGGAAUCCCUGCCGGGCUGCGUGUUAGUGAGCUGAAAACUGCCCUCAGAGAGAGGGAGGCUGCUCCGCUGAGGCUCACCUGGCAGGGAGCUCAGCACAGGGCCUUCCUUGACUACAGCGACCCUCAGGCUGCAGAGCAGGCCCUGGAGGCUCUGCAGGGUCUCAGUCUGAAUGGUCACAGUCUGCAGGCUGAGCUGGCCAAGAGCCAACGGGGAGGCAAGAGGUCUGGACAAUCCAAUAGGAGACUGAGAACAUCAGCAGCUCUAAGAUCUGAAACAGCAUCACCAGAUACCAAGGGUGACACAGCUGAAAAGACUGAGCAGUAUGAGCAAUAGGCAACAGUGGAGCAACCUUAAACACCUUAAGAAGAGUGUAGUUGUGUUUUUGUUUUGUUUUUUUCUUUUAUGAAUAUCUAGAUUUAUUACAAGAGGACCUCAGUUAUAUAAACUGUAGACUGUGACUGCUAAUGAACAUCACAAUAUAUGAAUAAAAUAUGCAACAACAAUA